AUGAUGUCUCCAGCAGUAGCCGACGCUGCUGGCCGGAACGAUGAGCUACGGGCCCUGGCGAAAGGGUUCGUCGCCCUCUUAGAGGCUGCACAGAAGCUGACUCGCCAGGAGCAAGAGCUUCAGAGUCGGCUGCAGUAUACUCUCAACGAGUAUCAAAAACUCGCGAGCAAACUUCCUGAAGGCUCAGAUAAUAAGCUAGACAUAACCAUAGGCCCUACCCUUGACUCUACUGGCCCUGACGAUGCUGCCACCGACAAUGUCGAAUGGGUCACCAGUAUGGAGAAGGCAGGCUACAUAUCCCCCACGGAAACAAAGAACAUCACGGAGAGUUUAGAGAUCUCGACUGCUGCCUUACGCAAGCUAGAAAUUACACAAGACCCUAGUACUUUGCGAACGUGCCCCUUUGGCCAUGGAAAGCGUAGAACUUCGAUGGAACAUGAUUUCACAACGAAUGGUAUCAAGGGUACCCUCGGCUGCCCGUUCAAUAAAUCCAGCAAACCACUCGCCGCCGGAGAACAGACGGAUAUAAAUGGAGAAAGCUGUGAAAAUGAUGAAGAUCCCAUUAAGCUGGACAAGAUGGGAGAGGGUGCUCCAUCCACAGCUCGAUCUGUACACUCUUCAUCGGCACGUUGUCCCAUCAGGUAUCUGGAAGACCACUCCCCCGAGGAACUGGCAGAGUACUUUGAGAAUCACAAACACGAGAUUCCAAGAAGUCACUCGGUCUGUAUCCGACGGUACCAAAACAACCCACAGACCAGCCGCCAUAUCGAUGCCAAAUACGGCGACGUCGUUAACAUGGUAAAGGGACUGGGCGAAUACCACCAGCCUUACCUGUCAACUCCUCAUGAACUAGACGAGACCGGAGAAGUAAAUGCUGGUGCCGUCACAGGGUCUAGUUCUGUCGACAGAGUUGAAAAAUGGGCAGAGGACGUGAGCAAUAAAACUCCACCGCGAACGGGCUCACCCUCCCCCGAGGAAGCUGAAGUUACUGCACCUGUUCCGGGCGACCAGCACGCCAGCCCCGGCGGCGACGAUGAACGAGAAGGCCACUUCGAGCGCCCUCUGCGUGACGUUCGUGUGGGAGAAUCCCCAAGUCGACCAUGGGGCAUCCAUGUCCCACCAGAACAGCCUGCUAUAUACCACCCGCCCGAAUCACACUAUGAUAAGCCCCAGGAGGUAGAAGAAGACCCAACCAUGCUACUACCCUCCCAGGGCCGACUCAGUCCCCUCGGCCAGGCAUCUACGUUCGGCAACGAUGCAGAAGCCGAUGCCGAUGCCAACAUCACUCUAGGCGCAACUGCAGAGGAAGACCUACAUCCCGAGCCAGAAAUAGACGAACCGAGCAGUCACCAUGCCCACUCGCAUCAGAUGCCGCAUACAAAUACCCAAACGAAUACAUAUUCUGUACCUCGAUCGAAUCUGUCUCCGGACGCACCAAUGGCACAUAUCUCCAGCCCACAGCCAAGAAUGGUCUUUAACGGCCCUGUAUUCUUCGGAUACACGGCCGAGGCAGCUGCUCUACUCUUGGAGAAAAUGGGCCAUAAAUAG